AUGAAGAACCUUCAACAAGAACAAGAUUUAAAUCCUUUUGUAGACACUUAUAUAUUUGCAGAAAAUGAGGAUUUACAAGACUCUUUAUAUUAUAUUUUAAUACAUAAUAAGCAUGGUAAAGAUAUGAGACAAUAUAAUACACCAUUGGCUGAGGAAAUAGCUGCAAUUUGUUUUUCUGAUGAAACUAUGCAUGUAAGAGAUAUUCUUAUUGUAAGACAUAAUAACGAAUUAGAAAGAAUAUCUAAAUUAUAUGGUGCAUAUAAUCCUUUAGCAUAUCCUUUGCUAUUUCUACAUGGAGAAUAUGCUCAACACCCUAAAGCCUCCAAAACUUCUGAAGCUGAAGCUGGAGCAAGUGAUAUCUCUAAUAUUGACUUUGAUACUUUAUUAGAAAGAGAAUCACAAAGUGAAACAGGAUUAACAAGUGUUUUGGAAUCUACAACUAUUAGAAGUUCAUCAAGGAAAAAAAGAGCUAGAGAAGAAACUGAAGAAAUUCAAGCUCAAGCAGAAGAUUAUAAUGAUCUUUAUAAUCCUAUAAUAAAAAAAAAAUUAUAUAGUAGCUUAAUUCUUGCAAAUAUGUCUAUGCUCUAA